AUGGAUCGCAUACUGGACAUCUUCAAUUCAGUCGACAUCAAGCCCAAGAUCAAGAGGUCGACUGUCAUGUCAAGGUGCCUCUGCUCUUCAAUUGCGGCAUUCUGGGCUCAUGCGCAUCUUCUUGCUCAGACAGACAAGGCAUGGAUCUAUGUUGCCAACAUGCCGCCAUUUCGCGUCACGAAGCUUUCGAGGAAUACAAAGAGGCUUUUCAGGGAGUACAAGAUCCACACCAAUGUUGAAACAACAUUCAAAGCAAUGUCCAAGCACUUGACCAUGCAUGGCUUCGAUAUUGAUCUUCCCUAUGUACCUGAAUGCUCAGGCUUCUAUCCAAACAUCUCAUCCUCACCGUGUUCCGAAACGUUCAAGAACCUGAACGGCUUUCCUGCAGACGCAAGCGGAUACUUCAUGGAGUACAUCCGCCCUUUGAAUGAGCACCACACCAAGUAUCUCAUCAGACGAUAUUUGACCCGUAGCGCACAGGGCCAAGCUCUGAGUACCUGUCAAUCCAAACACUUCCUCGCAAAGGUCUACCUGGGAGAUACAAAACCACUGUCCGAUCCAUGGAACGCUGACCUUCACGACCGCCCAGCUUACUUGGACCACCUACUCGCGGAGCGUGUGGAGGUAUCCUAUCUUGCUGCUUCGAUGGGUGCAACGCUCGCCAUACUUCACUGGAGCUGCGGUGUUGACGCUCGAGGCGUCGAAUUCGUCCUUGGGAGAGACGUCCGAGGCCACGUGCAGUUUUGGUUGAUCGACUUUGCCGAUUGCGCGACGUUUCCAAAGACCCCUGAUGCGGCUGUCACGCAGCUUGUGGAUGCCGUGAUGGAGAAUGAGCCGUUCUGGCCGCGGUUUAUCAAUAUCAAAGCCCUGAGAGAUCUGUGGGCAUGUUUCAGAGAUGCUUACCUAGAAACAAGCGCUUUCAUCAUGACGGACGCGAUGAUUGAUUUCGACAAUGAUGCUUUGAGAACACUACCUUGCUUGUUCAUGAUGGAGUUGGAAAAGAUUAGAGGUUCAGGUCAACUACUGGCAUAA